AUGAUGAAAGUUUCUAUUGUAAAUAGUACGUUUUCACUGGGCAUUAUAAAUUCAUUUCCCUUCACAGCUUUUUCAAACUAACACCCACUUUUUAAUUAUUUUAAAUUUAAGUUCCAUUUAUGGCAUUAAAGGGGGUGUGAAUGGGGGAGGGACCAUGUGCUACAAUGAAUGGAGGGGAAACUUGGCCCGAGUUUUAAUCAAGCAGGCACUGAGAUCAGCGGUUAAUCGCAAAAAUCAAGAUGGCGAACAAACUUCUUCGGAAGUGUGUCAUUCUAGCUGGCUUUUGUGUGAAAAAUCCUCCGCAGAAAUCAUCAAAUUUUUUUAGUAAUCGUAACUUGAAGGUUUUUAAAACCUCUCUUUAUCAUACAAGCAGUAUUCAUUGUAAGGGAGCAGAAAUGCAGAAGGAAACACCAGGGACAGACAAAAUUAGACCAAGGACUAAGUCACCAUCGCACAAGAUGCGUGCACGGCAGAAAGAGACAGAUCAACAUGGCUGGAUGAUUUGUCAAGCCUAUGUUACUGGUGAGAGAUACAACAUUCAUGGAAUCAAUAGUUACCUGGGGAACAUGGCAAAAUAUCAGGCAACAUUUAUACCAGAAGAUGAGCCAAAUGUACUUCGAGUUUGUAUUAAAGACAAAAAUGGUGAAAAUAGUGGAGAAGUGUUCUUCUUUGGAUGGCUUGGAUCUUUGGUGCUAUGGAAUGUUUGUAGUGCUGAGGAGCAGUUCUUUAAAAAGAUUGCACAGCUGUUCCAAGAUGGAGGCCUUGAUAUAGCACUUACUGACACAGAAGAUGAACAACUUUUAUUUUCCUACUCCAAAAAUUCCACUGCUCUCCACAGUGGAAGGAUAAUAUUAAAUGAAAAUUCAACGGAAGACAUAAUGGCAUUAGAGAAAUAUACUUUUUCAAAUGCUUUAGCUUUGUCUGUUAAACUUGCUAUCUGGGAGUCAGUCUUAGAUCAAUAUGUGGAGUCCAUACAAUGGGUCCCUGAGGAUUUAAGGAAAGGAAGAAAAGUAAGAAUGUCUAGAAAAGAAGUGCUAGAGAAAACAGGAGAACUCAUUUCCCUCAGGUAUAAAAUCAAUUUGUCCUCUGAUCUUCUGAUGACCCCAGAUUUUUACUGGGACAGAGAAAACCUGGAAAACUUGUAUGACAAAACUUGUGUCUACCUUGAUAUUCACAGAAGAACAAGGGUGAUGAAUGAGAAAUUAAACCAUUGUUCUGAGAUGGUGGAGUUGUUAAGAACACAUCUCAGUGAAAAACACUCAUUCAGGUUGGAGUGGGGAAUAAUUGCACUUAUAGCAGUUGAGGUUGUCUUUGAGACAUUGUAUUUAAUAGAGAGAUACUUUCCAUUCAGAUGACCUUGGCCUGAAAGAAGACCAUAUCAGAGCAGCAAUCCAAAUAUUUUGUUGCACUUAUAAGGAACCUUAAAUGUUUUUUUAAAAAUUAUUUUAGAUGACCUUGGCCUGAAAGAAGAACUUAUCAAAGCAGCAAUUCACAACAUUUUGUUGCACUUAUGAGGAAUCUUAAACGUUUUUAAUAAAAUUAUUUUGGAUGACCUUGGCCUAAAAGAAAAUGGAUCAAUAUCAGUAUCUGGGCAACUGCCCACCUACUCCUCCCUUAACUCAACAACAGUCAAUUGAUAACAAGUUAGGGUUAAUGUUGGGUUAGGGGAGGGGUAGGUGGGCAGUUGCCCAGAUGCUGAUAUUGAUCUAAGAAAACCACAUCAAAGCAGUGAUCCACAACAUUUUGUUGCACUUAUGAGGAUCCUUUAAUGUUUUAAAUAAAUUUUUUAUACACUGUCACCAGAAUUGUUUUUUAUGGUUUUAGUUUACUUACAUUUCAAUAAUUAAAAUAUAUUUAACUAGUAAACUAAAAAUCUGAGACAAUUUGAAGAAAAUACAAGAAUGUCUUUACUGUGCCACUGAAUGGGAAAAUCAAGAAGACAGGUCCUUUUCAUUAUCUAUUUCUAUAGGUUUAAUUUUUCCAGUGGAGUGUCCAAAGAAAAGAAAACAUCCCAACAGAAUGUAACUAAGGUUAAAAAAAAAAGUUAUGAACUUGGUCAACAUGUAAAAAAAAAAAUAUAUAACGAUUAUCACAGAUCAAUCAAUGAAUAAUUUAUGUUUCAUUAUCUGCCUCUGCUAUCUUCAUAUGACCUUAAUUUAACAAUCUCUUGCAAUGGGACUCAGAGAAUGAUGAACACUAGAAAUGUUUAUGGGAUGUUGAUGUUCUUAUGUUGCAAAGAAAGAGCCAAUCAGGCAUUAUGUAACUGCUUGUAAACCUCUAUGGCCAAGGUAAAUAGUUUGUUGUUAUGAGGUUUGCACACAAGUCUUUAAUUUCCUCAUGAUUGGUUGGUAAACAGUUGACAUGUCAGAAUCAAAUCAAAGUGUUCGUGGUUUUCUGUGUCUCACAGAAACUAUUUCCACUCGACUGCAAAUCAUAAAAUUUGCUUUUAUUUGUUAAGUAAUAGAUUAUUACUUGCUUUUGGUCAAUCCUUUGAGAUAGACACUGUGAGAACUUGCCAAUAACACCUACAGAUAUGUGCUUUAGUUAUCAAAACUAAAGAUUAACAUGGUUAGUUUAAUUAACCUUUUCAAUCCUAAGAUAUCAUUAAGGAAUCUCCUUAAUGUUUGCUAUAUAUUUAUUCUGAUUUUAAUUGUGAGAAAUUGGUGUUGGAUCAAUAACUAAUAACCUAGUUGAUGUUUUCCUUUCCUCUCAUUACAUGUAUGCUUGACAUUAUUAUGACAUUGUAUGCCAGGGAGAAAUUAGAAGGGUUAGAAGAAGCAGCUAUCUUGCUCUAGCAUCAAGUUCUCAUAACUAAUUUACAAGGAAAUGUGUAGCAGCUGGAGGGGAGAAUUAACAAUCAGAUCUUGGAGUUCAAGGGUUAAUUUAUAACCUUAGCAUAGGAUAAAAUGAGUGAAAACUAAGAAUAUAUGCCUGAGCUUUUAACGACUGAUGGAUGCUUGAAACAUAAUAGUCCCAAAGACAAAACAAUUAGCUGCAGGAAAAAAUGAAAAACACAAAAAACAAAAAAACAUUUAAGACUUCUCAACCCACAUAAAGUUGCCACUGCCAGGAGUUUCUUGAAUAAAAAAUCUUUGGCAAA